CCAAAUCAUUUGUAAUUAUAUACUUAUCUAAUCUAUGUUUAGUUCAAAUAUAAAAUAUAAGACUUCUUUUAGAAAUUGUAUUUUAGAAGUAUUUAUAUUUAUGAAUGUUUACAAUAGGCAUUUAAACGAAGAAAUUGGAAGGAGGUAGAUGGUGAUGAUUGGGAUAUCAUGUGGGCAGAGAAAGAAUGGAUACAUGAAGUUAUGGAUCAUAUUCAUUUAUAACCUCACUAAAAAAUCAAUCAUUUUCGCAAUCAUUAUGAAGUAUUAUAAUAUUAAGAAAUAAGCUAACUAGAAAAGAUUUGAUGAUUAAAAAUUUAAAAAAAUAAAGAAGAAUGUUAGAAAAGGAAGGAAAAACAGAUGAAGCUAAUUCGUAUAAUAUUCAUUUUAACGACUUAGUUAUAAUUUUUUCCCACUUACAUUUCAUUUACCUAGUGAAUAUCCAAUUUUUAAUGAAGAAUUCAAAAAGUAAGGAGAUAACAAAACAGCUUGGAUUAUGAAACCAGUAUAUUUAAUAUCAUAUAAUAUAAGAUUGGAAAAUCAUAAGGAAGAGGUAUAUUUUUGUUUAAUAAAAUACAACAAAUUUCUUAAUGGAAAAAUCAAGUUAAAUUUAAUCCAGAAAAUCCAUCUGCUGAAUCUUAUAUUGUUUAAAGAUAUAUAGCAGAUCCUCUCUUAAUUGGAGGUAAAAAGUUUGAUGCUAGAAUAUAUUUAUUAUGUACUUCCUAUUCUCCUUUAACUUUAUAUUUAUAUCGUACAGGUUUUGCUAGAUUCACUCAUCAUAGAUAUGAUAAUGAAGAUAUUACUAAUACAUGUAUAUAUAUAUUAAUAAAUUAUGAUAAGAUGUACAUUUAACAAAUGUAGCAAUAUAAAAGACAUCAGAUAAUUAUGAUGAAAAAUUAGGUGGUAAAUGGGAUUUAUAAAAAUUAAAGUUAUUUUUAAUGACUAAGUAUGGAUAAGAUAAAGUUUAAGAAUGUUUCUAUAAUAUCUAAUAAUUAAUGAUCAAAUCAUUGUUGGCAGUAUAAAAAAUUAUUAUUAAUGAUAAACAUUGUUUUGAAUUAUAUGGAUUUGAUAUCUUAUUUGAUUCUUCAUUAAAGCCAUGGCUAUUAGAAGUAAAUGCAAGGUUAAUGUUAUUUAAUUUAAUAAAGUCCUUCUAUGACUUCUAAUACACCUAUUGAUUUUGAAUUAAAAUGUGGAUUACUUGAUGAUGUUUUUACAAUUAUAGAUCUCGAAAAAAUAUUAACUGGUAAUGAAGAAUAAAUAGGUGGUUUUGAUUUAAUUUACAAGGGUGGUCCAAUAAAAUCAUAAUAUUAUUCUUCAUCAAUCUCUUUCUUAGGUACAUUUAAUAAUAGAAAAAUACAAUUAAAAAAAUUAGCCAAAACUUGUGGUAAUUUAUAUUAUUUUAACAUUAGCUUUAAGAUUAAAUUAAACAACUACAUAAUUAAAGAGUUCAGAAGGUACAAAAAAAGAUAAAGAUAAAGAUGAUAAAUAAAUGAGAAGUGCUUCAAAGAGUUCUUAAAUUAAUUAAGUAAUAUUAACAUCUUUAUUUUAGAAUUCAAAUAUAUCUAAUAAAAUAACAGUUUAACCAAAAAGUAAUACAAAUAUAAAACGAACUUCAACUGAUUUACCAAUAUUAAUGAAUAAAUAGAAUACUAUACGGAAAGAGGCACAUCUAAAUAGUUAAUAAAAAUAAACUAUGUCAAUUUAAUAAAAGACAGAAUUAGAAUUAAAUUAAAAUAAAGUGUAUCUAUUUAUUAUAUAACAAAUUUAGAUUAUCUUAAUUAAAUAAUACUACUUUCAGUCCUUAUUAAUAAGAUGAUAGUAUUACAAACAAUAAUCGAGUUAUAAAGAAUAGUUUUUAAACUUUACCAAAGAUUGUUAAACCAGAAUCCUUUAUAUCAGAUACAUGA